GGGCAUUUUCGUAGUUCCACGUCGCUCCGGAGCGAAGAAGAGGAGCUGCGGUUUCCUCUCUGAAAGAGCAGUUUCCGGAGUUAGGGAGAGAGACAGCGAGCGAGAAACAAGUAUAGAGAGAGAGAGAGAGUGUGUGUGUGUGUGUCUAUUCCGGAUUGGUGUGGGGUUCGAGCGACAUUAGAAACUAGAGAUAGAGAGAGAGAGAAACUGGAGAGAAAAGAAGUGUGUGUGUGUUUAGAGAGAGUUAAUAAGAGGGCGCUUUUUAGUAACGCCGCCGUUCUCUUUUCCCUCCUCCAUCUCUCUCUCUGUCUCUCUCCUCUCGCUUACGCCCUCGGCCACUGCUUUAAUGGGGGGUUUAAUUCAAUAGAUAACUCCCCACCCCCCCCUCACCUUUUAAGGUGGAUUAAUUGGUGCGUUUUUGCGAUCCCAAUAAACUAUUCUUCUUCUUCUUCUCCAUCAUCACUACCACCACCACCUCUUCCACCCAGUAGAGCUUGAGCUUCUGCUUCUGCUUCUGCUUCUGCUGCUUCGGGUUCUGGUUGUGGUUCUGCACAGCGACGCGGCGGCUAUGGCUUCAGGCGGAGGAGAGGAGCUGUUCGAGGAGCUGUGGCGCGCGUGCGCGGGGCCGCUCGUGGAGGUCCCGCGCGUGGGCGAGAGGGUCUUCUACUUCCCCCAGGGCCACAUGGAGCAGCUGGAGGCGUCGACCAACCAGGAGCUGGACCAGCAGAUCCCGCUCUUCAAUCUCCCUUACAAAAUCCUCUGCCGUGUCAUGAACAUUCAGCUAAGAGCUGAACCUGAAACGGAUGAGGUUUACGCUCAGAUCACUCUACAACCAGAAGCAGAUGACAAUGCGCCGGGAAGCCCGGACCCGUGCCCGCCGGAGCAGGCGCGGCCGGCCGUGCACUCGUUCUGCAAGAUCCUGACGGCCUCCGAUACGAGCACGCACGGCGGAUUCUCCGUCCUGCGCCGGCAUGCCACCGAAUGCCUCCCUCUUCUGGACAUGUCGCAGCCGACUCCGACUCAAGAGCUGGUUGCUAAGGAUCUCCAUGGAUUUGAGUGGAGAUUCAAACACAUAUUCAGAGGUCAACCGCGCCGGCAUCUUCUCACUACGGGUUGGAGUACCUUCGUCACUUCCAAAAGGCUGGUCGCUGGCGAUGCAUUCAUAUUCCUAAGAGGUGAGAAUGGAGAGCUGCGUGUUGGAAUAAGGCGUCUUGCGCGCCAACAAAGCACUAUCCCGGCAUCAGUAAUAUCGAGCCAGACCAUGCAUCUUGGAGUUCUUGCGACUGCAUCGCAUGCUGUUGCGACGCACACGCUCUUCACGGUCUUCUACAAGCCGAGGACGAGUCAAUUCAUCAUCAGUUUGAACAAGUAUUUGGAAGCUGCCAAAAGUGGAUUUGUGGUGGGCGUGCGUUUCAAGAUGAGAUUCGAAGGAGACGACGUCCCUGAGAAGAAUUUUUCCGGAACUAUAGUUGGGGUUGGGGAUCUCUCUUCUCAAUGGAAAGAUUCUGAAUGGAGAUCGUUGAAGGUCCAAUGGGAUGAACCUGCUAAUAUUCACCGUCCGGAGAAGGUUUCUCCAUGGGAGCUCGAGCCUUUCAAUGCCACAACUGCGCCUGUUUUAAGCGCCCCUCAGCCUGUGCUGUCGAAGAACAAAAGACCUCGGCAACCCACGGACAUUUCAGAAUUGCAAAUGAUCGGUGUGGAGCAAAAUCAACCUUUCUGGUACUCGGGGUAUACCCAGUCGCAUGACCUUACUGCAUUAAGUAGUACGGAAAACAAGGCAAAUACUGUCACGAAGAACGGUGCGAGUUCUCUUGAUCCAGUAGUAAGGGAUAAUUGGUUGAAGGACUUCCAUUCUCCUAUGAAGAGCCCGGCAUCUUCACUAACAGAUGUUUCUCUAAAGCUUUUCCAUGACCGUAAUGAAGAAACUGUGGUUGCUUCGACGGAUUAUAUGACGGAAGAGCCCAUGCUGAAGUUGUGCACUGGCAUAGAAGAACAGAAGAAGCCCGAAAGUGUUAGCGGAGGUUGCCGACUCUUUGGGAUUAACUUGGUGAGUCCCGUGAAAAGUACUUCUGAGAAGCCAAAUUUAGCACCAGUGUGCACAUCAGUUGCGGCGGUCAAGGAUCCUUCUAGCAAGGGAACUGGUUCAAUUGAAGACUUAGAUCGGCAGUCGGCGCUUUCCAAAGUUUCGAAAGAAUUGAAGCAAGGGAUUCAAGAAAUUCCUAAGGAGAUCCAGAGUAGGCAAAACUGUUCAAUCCGAAGUCGCACUAAGGUUCAAAUGCAAGGCAUUGCGGUCGGUAGAGCUGUUGAUCUGACCGUCCUGGAUGGCUAUGAUGAAUUAAUAUCAGAACUCGAGCUGAUGUUUGAGAUCCAAGGAGAGCUUCAACGCCGCGACAAAUGGCAAGUGGUCUUUACGGAUGAUGAGGGUGAUAUGAUGCUUGUAGGAGACGACCAUUGGCAGGAAUUUUGCAAGAUGGCCAAGAAGAUCUUCAUCUACACGAGCGAAGAGGUGAAGAAGAUGAUGCCUAGAAGGAAAUUUCCCAGUCUUCCUGCAAAUGAGGGGGAAGAAGCGAGAACCCGAACCCGAACCACAGCCCCCCUCCAUCAAGAGGAGCUUAAAGAUGAAGCAUAAAUCGGAACAUUUGAGCUGAAAGGUGGUUAAUUUUAUUUCAUCCUUUCACUCAUAACCUGUCGUAUUUUCGUCCUUCUAUUGCCGUUAUUCUAACUCAAUAUAGGUUGCUUGAGGUAGAUUCAACGCAACCAACUAUUAGUAGCUUAAAUUCAAUAAUAUAUUUCCUUGGUAGAAUUUGAAAGGAAAUUUGGUUGCUGGGUCUCAUAGAACUAAGUAAUUAUGGGUAGCUAGUUUUUGCUCCAGUGGAGCAUGAGGUUGGAGAGAGAAAUAUUUGGACUUUGUGUGAAUACUGUAUGUUUUAGGUCUAUGCUUUGAGUUGGUGAUUCUCUUUUAAAGUUUGUGUUGUACCUUUUGGUCUUUAUUCCUAACCCUAAUGUUGGGUGCAUGCUUGAAUUGUACUUGUAAAUAUAUAUAUAUAUAUAUAUAUAUCAUUAAAUAGUGCAUAUGUAAUGUAUGCUUUAUGUUA